AUGGGCCCGGCGUGGACGCAGCCUCCGCUCAAGCCGCUCCUGUCCGACCUCCUCGACCGCUCCUCCCGAUCCCGAUCCAAAUCCAAGUCCAGACCCAAGUCGAAGAAGACGACGAACAAGAAGAAGCAGAAACCCGGCUCUUCUCCCCAGUCACCUCUCGCCGCCGCCUCCUCCUCCUCCUCCCACCCCCCUCCCGAAUCGCACGUCGACCUCCCCUCCGGCCUCCUCCUCGCCAACCCCUCCGCGCCCCAACACCCGCUCCACGCCCUCAUCGCCUCCGCCGAGCGCGCCUGGUCCGCCACGCUCGCCCGCCAGUCCAAAUCGCUCGACGAGGCCGCGGCCGAGUACCGCCGGCGCUACGGCGGCCGCGCCCCGCCGCGCGGGUUCGACCGCUGGUGGGACUACGUCGAGGCGCACGACGUCCGCCUACCCGACGAGUACGACCAGAUCGAGGACGACCUCGCGACGUUCCGCGCGCUGAGCCCGCGCCAGCUGCAGGAGAUCGUCGGAGCGUGGGAGGGCCAUAAGGAGACGUUCACGAUCGGAAAGCUGGGCAGCUGGCGCGGGGCGGGGAUCAACAUCGUGAACGCGACGCUGAACGGCGGACCAGGCGACCCGAAUUGGGAGAUGCACGUCCGCGGCGCGCGCGCGCUCAUCGCGCUCUUGAAGGACGUCGAGCAGUGGAUCCCGCCUUUCCGCGCCGUUUUCAGUCCGCACGAUAACCCGAACCUGCUCGCGAGCUGGCGCCUGCGCGAGGAGGCGAAGAAGGCCGUCGCCGAGGGUCGCUACCUCGACAUCCACGACCUCCCGCCGCACGAGAACAUCGGCUGGCUGUCCGCCUGCGCCCCGACCUCGCCCGCGCGCGCGCUCGCCACGCCCUUCCCGCCCUCGUCCGAGUCGUACGAGACCUCGUUCCCGGACCUGUCCGCGCCGAACCGGACCCGGACCUUCGUCCGCUCGCACCUCGCCGCGAUGGACCCGUGCACGCACCCGUCCCUCUUCACCUCCCACGGCCAGUUCCUCUCGCACCACGCCGGGCCCGGGCUCGAGAGCCCGCCGCUGGUCCCGCAGUUCUCGUACUCGACGAGCGCGGCGCACGCCGAUCUCAGGCCGGCCGGCGUCGGGGGCUGGGUGGAGGACGUGGAGGGCGAUCUGGGGUGGGAGGAGAAGGAGAGGAGGGACGAGGAGGAGGCGGGGAGGGGCGGGGAGAGGAGGGCGGGGAAGCUGUUGUGGAGGGGGAGCAAUACGGGGAUAUGGUGCGGGGGGGAUCAUCGGUGGUGGGAGGCGCAGCGCGAGCGGUUGGUGAUGAUGGCAGAGGAGGGGGAGGGCGUCGUGAGCCUCAUGGUCGCCAACUCGUCUUCCUCCGAGGGAGAAGGACAAGGACAAGGGUGGCGUGGAGAGGGCCAGGGGUGGCACGUGGUCGAGGUGGAACGGCGCGCGCUCCGGGACGCGCUCCUCGACGUCCACUUUGCGGGCGGGCCGAUGCAGUGCGCGGAGGAGGUGUGUCCGGUGUUGGAAGACAUGUUCGACUGGCGGGAGAAUAUGGACACGCGCGAGGCGGGGAGGUACAAGUACGUGAUGGACGUCGACGGCAACGGCUGGUCCUCGCGCUUCAAGCGCCUCAUCACCUCCCACGCGGUCGUGCUCAAGGCGACGGUCUACCCCGAGUGGUUCUCGCGCCGGAUCCAGCCGUGGGUCCACUUCGUGCCGGUGAAGAACGACUACUCGGACGUGAUGGACAUCAUGGCGUUCUUUACCGGGUACGGGGGAGGGGAGGAUAACGAUCAUCUGGCGAGGAAGAUCGCGGAGGCGGGGAGGGAGUGGAGUCGGACGAUGUGGCGGAAGGAGGAUUUGACGGCGUACAUGUUCCGGAUGUUGCUCGAGUACGCGCGCUUGAUGAGCCUGGACCGCGACCAGAUGGACUUCCAGGACAUCGAGGACCAGUGGUGA